AUGUUGUAUUGGCAAAAGAAGAGCAAUUGGUCUAGACUGCUCACCCUGACCCUAACCUGGGCCUCCUUCAUCCCCCCAAUCCGGCAUGUAUGGCACACCAAAGACAGCCGAGGCAUCUCCUCGGCCCACCUGCUCUUCAACCUGCUCUGCGCCACCGACCACGUCUUCAUCAAAGCCUAUAGCACGGCCAUGCUGUGGACCUUAUCCCGACUGGAAGACCUGCCCGAAUUCGACCUCCCUUACGAGAUCGCAGUCUCCGCCCUGGAUUGGAUCAACCUCGCCCAGGUGCUGGGGAUCUGGGUUCUAUCCAACAUCUUUUUCGCACUAUGCCUCUACCACACCCCCCCGACCCGCCCCCAUCACCGCCUCCGCAUCCUCCUAGCCCUAGCAAUCUACAUCUUCUUCCUCCUUUCCAGCCUUAUCCCCCUGGCCCUAGACCUCACAACAGACAUCUGGUGCCCGCCAAACAAACCCCACAACUGCGAGAUACACGACCUUACCGUCAGCCCCGUACUCCUCAUAGCCCACAUGUUACUGUUGCCGAUCAUUACCCUCAUCCUUCCGGUUCUGGGCUUCUAUAAACAGGCGCGACGGCAGCAGCACGACCUCACUAGAAGUUCCUCACGUGCCGCCAACACCCUAACCCCUGAACGCAACAACCUCAACCGCCUUCUCGCCCGGCCCCGUCUCCUCCAAGCGGCCAUUUUCGCUGUCUCGGCGGUGCUUUGGAUUUUUCGGUUGGCACCCGUGUGGAAGCUCCUGCGGUAUGCGCCGCCGCGGGAUCCGUCGGAGCCGGCUCCGCCGCCGCCGCCGCUGUCCUGGUUACGGUUGGUUCUGGUCUGGUGGGUGCAGUUGGGGUAUGUGGCUGUUGAUGAUGGGGUUUUUGCGGUGGGGCAGGGGGUUUUGGGGUAUUUGGGGUUGCGACAGGGGGCUGAUGAGGCGAGAGGGUAUUGUGGUGGUGAUGGUGAUGCGGAGAGGAGGCCGUUGUUGGCUGCGGAUGAGGAACGGUCGAGUUAUCUUUCUGGUGACUGA